GAGACGACAUUCACGAUUUCCACUCCCAGAAUGCUUCUUUCUACCUCUUCCCUUCCGCGGCCUUAGAAAAUCUCUGAAAAUGGUCCGCUACUCGCUCGACCCCGAGAACCCGACUAAGUCAUGCAAGUCGAGGGGUUCUAAUCUCCGGGUUCACUUCAAGAACACCCGUGAGACAGCUCAGACCAUCAAAGGCAUGCACAUCCGCAAGGCCACCAAGUACCUGAAGGAUGUUACCAUCAAGCACCAGUGUGUUCCCUUCCGUCGCUACAAUGGGGGUGUCGGCAGGUGUGCCCAGGCCAAGCAGUUUGACUGGACACAGGGCCGCUGGCCCAAGAAGAGUGCAGAGUUCCUUCUCCACAUGCUGAAGAACGCUGAGAGCAACGCUGAGCUUAAGGGUCUGGAUGUAGACUCCCUGGUGAUCGAGCACAUCCAGGUGAACAAGGCCCCCAAGAUGCGCAGACGCACAUACCGUGCCCACGGUCGCAUCAACCCCUACAUGAGCUCCCCAUGCCACAUUGAGAUGAUCCUCACAGAGAAGGAGCAGAUCGUUCCCAAACCAGAGGAGGAAGUCGCCACUAAGAAAAAGAUUUCUCAGAAGAAGCUGAAGAAGCAGAAACUCAUGGCACGGGAGUAAUGUAAAUUAAAUGGAACCAUUCGUACCAAAAUGGAAUGUCUCUGUCUUUUCAUGCUUCUUCAUAAGUAUUAUGAAAUCCCUACUGCUCAUGUAAAGUUGGCUUUAAUCCAUCUAAAGGCCCUGGGUUUGAUAUGACCCAAAUAGAUAGGAUACAUGAUUCAUGACUAAGAUCAAUGCUGUUAAAAAGUUGCAGGUGAGACGGGUUAUUUGGGUUACUUACUGAAAUGUCACGUGCCGAACUAAUCAUAUUCCGGCUUUAAGAGAUAUCUAUUAUUCACAUCAGUAUGUACAUUGUAAAAUCAAGCUGUUGGCACUUGUGACUCCAAUGCUGUCUUUCAUAUGAGGGGCAAAGGGAUUUAUGUAAAAAUGGAGGUGCUAGGCCACAAUGUGCUAUGAGGAUUACAUUUCAGAUUAGUGCACAUGACAUUUCAACCUCAUUUUCAUUAUUUCUAGAACAUUGGGAAGGUGUUUUUAUGUUUAAUAGAAAAAAUGUGUUAAACAUUUCUACUCGACGACAUCAAAAGUUUAAACAUUUAACCUCUACGUGAUCUCCAGCCUCCCUCCCCCCCGCUGGACGGUUGAGCUAAAGGGAUUAGCAUGACGUAAGUAACAAUAAUUUCCCAGGACCUAGACAAGUCUUAUACGGGCAGAAAGCUUAAAUUCUUGUUAAUCCAACUGCACUGUCCAAUUUACAGUAGCUAGUACAGUGAAAAAAUACUAUGCUAUUGUUUUAAGGAGAGUGCACAACUUUUAUUACGGCAACUGGUAUGAUGUAUUCGUCUCUGAAGGUAAAUAAUGUACUUAAGUAAUCUUGCUCUGAUUUGUCAUCCUGAGGGUACCAGAGAUAAAAUGUAGCACAGUU